AUGUUGUCAAAGAAGUGGAACGCAAAUAAACAGAUCUCUAGGCAGAUCUACCAGUUAUAUAGAGGAGUGUCCAACAAGAGCUCUACGGUGAGUUUGGAGGAGGCGAAACCCUAUGCAGAUAUUCCGGGACCCAGCAAAUUGCAAUUGAUACGAGCUUUUCUGCCGGGCGGUCGCUAUAAGGAUUUGCCGGUUCACGAAAUGUUUCUUGACUUGAAGCGUCAAUAUGGGAGUAUCUUUCGAAUGCCCAGCAUUGCAGGAACCGAUUUGGUACUGACCAUGAAUCAGGACUAUGAAACCGUCUUCCGAAACGAGGGUCAGUAUCCACAUAGGAGAAGCUUCGAGGUUAUGGACUAUUUCAAGAGGGUACACAGGCGGGAGGUAUUCGAUGGCUAUGAUGGUCUGACCUCGGGAAACGGACCGGCUUGGGGAAAAAUGCGAACUGCUGUGAAUCCAAUUCUCCUGCAACCUCGGAACGCCAAGCUUUAUAUGAAGAAUUUGUUGCAAGUCAGUGAUGAGUUUCUGGAACGCAUUCGUAAUAUUCGUGAUCCUGUGACCCAAGAGAUGCCAGAUGAUUUCACUGUGGACAUUCGGCAUUUGGUGAUUGAAUCAAUUUGCUCUGUCGCCUUGAACACACAUCUUGGAUUAUUGGGAGACCAGCGGGAAAAUAAGGAUAUCCAGAAAGUAGUGUUAGCUCUGCAGGAUGUGGUGGAGUUGGGCUUCCAGCUGGACAUGAUGCCGCCCUUUUAAUAUUUGCCCAUGCCUAACUUCAAGAAACUAAUGCGUUCCCUGGAUACCAUUACGGACUUUUGUUAUUUUCACAUAGAGAACGCUUUAAAAAGGAUCGAAGAGGAUGCUAAGGCAGGAAAACUCACAGAGAUUGGCUUGGAGACUAGUCUCCUAGAGAAAUUGGCCCGUUUUGAUCGGCAAACAGCUGUGAUUAUAGCCAUGGAUUUGCUAUUUGCCGGAGCUGAUCCAACCCUAGUAUCCCUGGCUGGAAUUCUGCUAUGCCUUUCCAAGAACCCUGACAAACAGGCUCGACUUCUAGAGGAGAUCAGAGGAAUACUACCCAAAAAGGACUCACCACUGACCAUGGAAAAUAUGAACAGUAUGCCCUAUCUGAGGGCCUGCAUCAAGGAGGGCAUUCGUAUGUAUCCCAUAGGUCCGGGAACCCUUCGUCGAAUGCCCCACGAUGUGGUGCUCAGUGGCUAUAGAGUAGUGGCCGGAACGGAUGUGGGCAUGGCGGCCAAUUACCAGAUGGCCAACAUGGAGGAGUUUGUGCCCCAAGUACGGGAAUUUAUCCCAGAGCGAUGGCUGCGCGAUGAAACCAACUCGAACUCCCAUUUGGUUGGCGAUACAGCCACGCCCUUCAUGUAUCUGCCUUUUGGGUUUGGACCAAGAGCUUGUGCUGGCAAGAGGAUCGUGGAUAUGAUGCUGGAAAUAGCCAUUGCCCGGUUGGUAAGAAACUUUCAGAUUGGUUUCGAAUAUCCCAUAGAAAAUGCCUUCAAAGCCAUUUUUGUACAACCAAAUAUUCCCUUCAAGUUUAAGUUUGUAGAACGCAGUGACUAAUGUCUGUGAUCCUUGGAAUUAAUAUAUUAUUAUUAUAUUAUAAUCUACAUUUAUUUACAAGUUACUAUUAUGAAUGAAUUUUUCCAAUCAUACUUA